CAACAAGCUGCCGAGCUUGUUCCGUUCAAAUAAGCUGCCGCGGUCCCAACGUCACUGGAGCGGCAACACUUUAAGAAAGUACUUGAACAUCCAAGGCGCUUCGGAAAUGCAAGCCUCUUUUUUUACAUAGACCAAUAAAAUUCCGCCUGCGGUCCUUGGCUGUGGUCACCUGGCUCUGCAUCCACUCCCCGUGUGAAUAAAGGUUGGUUCCGGAAGAUGGGCAGAAGACACCCCCCCCCCUCCCUAUGUGGAGUCGAAGGACGGAGUAGGAGCGGUUCCGGCUGUGGUGGAACAUUCACAGGUCAGUGAUCAGGAGCUCGAUUCACUGACCCUGCAGCGUGGCGACCGGACCGUGCAGUCAUUCCGGUGAAGUUUACUCCCAGGUGCCAGGUGACACAUGCCUAACUCCUCGGCCAUCCCAAUGCACUCAACCAUCAGUGAAUUACUUCUGAAGUUGACCUCUUCAGAAAAACCAGCAAGUAAUUUUCACAUAGCAGUCCUCCACAUCUACGUGCAGAUUAACCAGGCAUUCGCAGUAGAACAAAGAAAUACAAUAAAAAACGACGAAGACUGACAAGCAACCAGGUGCAAAGGAAGCCAAUCUGUGCAAAUACAAAAAAAAGAAAUAGUUUUGGCGUUCCUUGUGUUGUCUGGGAGCUGUGUACCAGUUACUGCCAGAUGGACUGCUGUAGCUAAAACCAGGUUCGUAUUGGUCACAUGGCUCUUCGGCGGACUACAUAACGGAGAAGCGCAGGGAUGGACAACUGCUUAAGUGCCAUGUCCGUGCCCAGCACCAGGUCAUUCCACUGGCAGUCCCUGGCAGCCUUAGCUGUUGGCCGAGUCUACUGCACCCCUGUGGAGAGUGGGGGACAACUCUACCUCAUCGGGGGCUGUGAUGAGAGCGGGGCCCCCAUGAACACUUGUGAGGUCUACUCUCCGGAAGCUGAUCAGUGGACGACCCUCCCACCGAUGCCCACGGUAAGAGCAGGCGUGGCCGCGGCUCCCCUGGGGAAGCGGAUCCUAGUGAUUGGCGGCAUGGGAGUCCAGCGGAGUCCCCUCUCCACGGUGGAGAUGUACAACGUGGAAGAAGGCAAGUGGGAAAGGAGGAAUUCCUUGUGCGAAGCUGCCAUGGGUGUCUCCGUGAUAGUCAAAGACAGUCAGGUGUACGCAGUGGGUGGAAUGGGGUCGGACACGCAUCCGCAAGCCCGCCUGCAGCAGUACGACAUCGCGAGUGACGUUUGGCACACGCUUCCUCCCAUGCCCACGCCCAGAUACGCAGCCAGCACCUUUCUCCAAGGCGGGAAGAUCUACGUGUUUGGUGGGAGGCAAGCAAAAACUCCGGUCACCGCCUUUGAAGUCUACGACACCGAGGCAAGGUCGUGGGCCAGGUUUCCCAGCAUCCCCUGCCGGCGGUCCUUCUCGAGCCACGUGAUGACUGAGAAGAGCUUCCUGACUCUGGGAGGCCUCCAGCAGGCUCGGGGCUACAGGAAGCCCAAGUUUGUUAGGACCGUGGAGGUGUUUGACAUUGAGCAGGGAAGCUGGAUAAAGACAACACGCCGCUUAAACAUGAAGACUAAGAGGGCCGACUUUGUGGCUGCAUAUCUCCAGGGAAGGGUCAUCGUGGCUGGAGGACUGGGUGACCAGCCAGCUGUCCUCAGCUCAGCCGAAGCCUUGAAUCCGGUGAAGAAUCGGUGGGAGAAGCUGCCGCCCUUGCCCACCGCCCGCUGCACCUGUUCCAGCAUCGUCUUUAAGAACCACCUCUUUGUGAUUGGCGGCGUGUCGCAGGGCCCCAGCAGCGCUGUCGAAGCUCUCUCCCUCACAGACUCUUAAGCACUUGGUUACUGCACAGUGGGAUGGAUAGAUAUCAUCCAAAGGCCAGCUGGAGGUCUCUUCAUUCAAGAUCUUCUGCCAUUUGCUUCUGGAUAGAGAAGGCUUCAGCUCUUGUGAGAUGUCAGAACUCAUGAGAAAGGCAAAACCAUUUCCUGACAACAUCCAACACUUCCCCAACAUUGAAGAAUGAAUGUCCAGAGCAGGGGUUCCCAACCUGGGGUCCAUGGGCCCCUUGCUUAAUGGUAUUGGUUCAUGGCAUAAAAAAGGUUGGGAACCCCCAGUUUAAAGGAAAUCUUCGAGAUCUGUAUACAUUGAACUUUGUGUGAAGCAAUGUGUAUUUUUUUUUACAGAUGUCAGAUGUUUAAGGAGUUAAGGAGUUUGCACAUUUGUAGAUCAAUCCUAGUUGAGCUGCACAAUGUUCUAUCAUCACCCUGUUCCUCCUUCUUGUAACGUGAGGAUUAAGUUAAAAAAUGACUUUGUUUGCACAUUCUUUGUCUUGCUUUCCUCAACAAGCUCCAUCCAGAGCUCAGGAAGUUUAUCCGGGACUGUUCCAGACAUGAAGCAGGCUUCACUUAUUUCUCAGUUAAAGAAUGUUUGCACAGAGCUCGGAUGAAGUUGACUUCUUUCUGCGAAGUUACGAGGGUGGGGGAUUGACUGCACAGGAAGAAGAAAAUUUUGUAGCAUGACUCAGUCAAUAAGAAGAUGAAAACAGCCUGCUUCUUGGACUCAAGGUGAGAAUACAAAUGGACUUUAGUUCAACCUCUAACAUCAGACAAUCCUCUGUGUACCUGAAUGCUUGAAUUGUACCCAAUCUAAUUUUUUUAUGGUGAUUUUACUCUUGGAGCAGGCAGUGACAUGGUAGGAAGAGUCUAGCCAACUUCUCCUUCACUUUUAAUGCUGCACCAUCAUUUAAUCCCCUACUCUCAAUGUCCCAGCAGUCUUUAUUGAUAUAGGUGGGCCUCUAUAACGAAUGGCUCUGAUUUUGACCAUUCAACACCUUUCCACCAUCUACAAUCAUACUGGGAAUGUGAUGGACAUCCCUGUUAUCUAAUUGAAUGCUGCUCCAAGAACAUCCAAGAGUCGUUGCGCCAUCCGGGGCAGAAUGAGUGGCACCCCAUCAGCCAUCUUGAACCUUGACCAAGUGUGCCAGUGUUCUCCAUGCACCGGAGAGCACUGCUGUUCAAGUCUUCCAGAGCACAUCCCAAACCUGUGAUCUCAACUGCUGAAAGAGGAAGGACAAUGUGCAGGUGGGAACUCCAUCAUCCACAGGUUCACCAAAUGCUCACCAUCCUGACCGUCUCCUUCAUUGCUUGUCCAAGAUACCAAUACACUUUACUUAAUAGAUUAAUGAGAGUAUCAUUUUGACAGAGACUACUGGUUUAAGAAGACAGCUCAGUGCAACCUUCUUAAGCAGGGGCUCCCAACCUUUUUUAUGCCUUGGAUCAACACCAUUGGGCAAGAGGUCCAUAAACCCCAGGUUGGGAACUGCUGUUCUUAAGUUCUGCAUCCUGGAUACUGAAACGCUAGAUCGAUACGAAUCUUGACAUUGAGCUGUAGAAUCAAGCCUAUGAUACAUCAGCAUUGACCAAUAAAGUCAUUCAUUGGGCCCCAGCACCUGGAGGUUCCAGUUGAUUUUGAGUGUAAGUUCCAAUAUGCAUCUUCUGAGCAUGCUCCAUGAAACUGCAACACUCCAGCCAACAGCAGUAGGUGGACUGAUCCGGGGUGCAAGAAACUAAUGCUUUAAAGGAAUGGUGAACAAGUUAGCAAAGAUUAUUGUGGAAAACAGCUUUCUAAUGGAUGAUGCUGGUGUCUGCUUGGCUGAUGCUCAAUACCACACAAGCAUUGAUGUGAUUACUGUUAAACACAUUGGUAUAGAUGCACUAUUCUUUAUACCAUGACAGUAUAAUCAAAUGGUGUAAUUCCUUGUAUAGUUACACCCUUUGACUUCAGUGUAAAGUCUGGUUAUUGGCAUUGUUUUGAAAACAAAUUCUGGGAAAUUUGAUAAGGGGUUAAUUACCUAGACUAAACUACGCAGGGGUGCCUGAACAUAUGUAUAUACUCAGUGGCCACUUUAAAUUAGCCAAUCAUGCACCAGGAACUCCAUGCAUAAAAGUAUGCAGACAUGGUCAAGAGGUUCAGUUGUUGUUCAGAACAAACAUCAGAAUGGGGAAGAAAUGUGAUCUAAGUGACUUUGACCAUGGAAUGAUUGUUAGUGCCAGACAGGAUGGUCUGAAUAUCUAAGAAACUGCUCAACUCCUGGUAUUUUCAUGUACAACAGUCUCUAGAGUUUACAGAGAAUGGUGCAAGAAACAAAAUUCAUCCAGCGAGUGGCAGGUCUGUGGGCGAAAGUUCAUUGUUAAUGAAAUAAGUCAGAGGGGAACGGGCAUACUGGUUCAAACUGAAGGAAGGCGACAGUAACUUAAAUAAUCACACAUUACAACAGCGGCACGCAGAAGAAUAUCGCUGAAUGCCCAACAUAUCAGACCUUGAAGUGGAUGGGCUGCAGCAGCAGAAGACCUCACCGGGUUCCACUCAUGUACCUAAUAAAGUUGUCAGGAAAUGUAGAGAAGGCUUGACCCAAAAGCAGAACGGUGGAGACAAUUUAGCAGUAAAUCAUAUUUUACUAAUAAACUGCAAAAUAACAAGCCACGUGAGGCCUCAAAAUAAAAGAGAACAGAUACUUAACAUGACAAGGCAGCAAGAUAACUGAAGGCUAAGAACAACUGGUUAAGGCAGGCUGGUUCAGAUGAGUGAACUAAUAUUGUGGAUGAGAGGAGGGUUUAAAUAGGCUGCAGGUGAUGAGGUGGAAAUGAAUGGCAGGUAACGCCUGUUACCAGAGGGAAAUUGGGACAAGCCUGCCUGUGCAGGCCUGACAAGUCACCCCUUUCUGCAGCCUGCACCCAGUGGUCUGGGGCAAUCCGAAUGGGCCUGGUGGACCUCUUCAGUGAGCAAUGGAUCCGAGAUGAAACUGGAUGCCACCAAAGACCUCUCCUCUGGGCCAUACCCUUCCCAGUCAAACAGGUCCUGCACAUCCCAUCCACGAUGACGCAAAUCCAUCAGCCAGAACAGACUGGACAACCUUCCACUGUCUUUGCUUCUGGGUGCUCCACGGAUGACAGGCUUGAAGCAGCACACGUGGAAAGCAGAUGUCACCCUGAGCAGGCGUGGCAGCUGGAGACAGUAUGUGACUGGCUUCUUGCAAUGGGUAAUCUUCAAGGGACCAACGAACUGGGGCAAGAGCUUGCAGCUUUCGGUGCACAGGGGCAAAUCUCUAGUGGACAGCAAGGCAUAGUUCCCAGACCAAGGUAGCCUGGCUGGGUGCCAACAUCAGUUAGCCUGGUGUAAGUAGGCAGAGUUAGCAACAAGGAUGUUCCUCCAUUCCCUCUUCCAAGCUUCCAGCAUUGCCAAAUCAGGGUACUGGUGGACAGGGCCUCCACCAUUAGCUACUCCACAGAGAGCAAUGGGGGUUGGUAGCCAUGAAGCACUUCAAGGGGUGACCUAACUGUGGCAGAGGAAGUGUGCAGAUUAUGGGACAGUUCAGCCCAGAGCAUAUACUACUUCCAUGCAGAAGAGUUAGAGGCAGCAAAGCAUCACAGAAACCUCUCCACCUUUUUGAUUGGCCCUUUCCGAUUAACCAUUGGUCUGCAGAUGAUAGCCAGAGGACAGACUUACUGGGGUGCAGAAGUGGAAAACAAAUUGUGGGCCUCAGUCUGACACAAUAUAGUGGGGAUAGCUUGGAGGCAAUCUACAUGUUGGAGGACAAGGUCUGCCAUCUCAGUGGCUGACAGAAGUUUUGGGAGUGCAAUGAACUGGAGUUGCAGAAAAUCCAGGGUCCCUUGUGCACUUUGAUGGCUGGAGAGGGGUGAAGAGUGGGCCUAGUAUGUGUAUAUGGUUGUCAGGUGUGUCGGCCAGAUCAGGCUUGUGCUGUAGGGCCUUGUGGAUCUGGUUCUCAAGUCCCAGACAAUCGGGGUGAAGAUCUGGGAGGAUAGAAUGCUGAGCUAAGGGUCAAUCUCCAUUUCAGCUGGGUCGAUCUGUCGUGACAGGGCAUCCACCUUAGUGUUCUUGGAGCCAGGUUGGUAGGAGAUGGUGAAGGUGAAUUGCUCAAGGAACAGGGCCCAGCAAGCAUGAUGUAGAUUGAGUUGGCAGGUCUGUUGAUGGAGAGGAGGUUCUGGUUGCCAGUCAAGUCAGAAAGAACUCAGUGUUACCCAUCAACUAAUGUCUUCAUUCCUCCAAGGUCCAUUUAAUGGUGAGUAGAUCCCUGUCUCC